GGAGGAGGAGAAGGGGAAGGGGGAGGAGGAGAAAGGCAGCCGAGAGGGAGGGAGUGCCGAGCCAGAGCCUAGCAGCGCAAAUUCUCCACCGUCCUCUAGCACCCACCAAGCGGCGGCAGCGGCAGUGUCUAGAAAUACAUAGCUAGAAAUAUAAAACAGCCCCGCUCCUGCACCAUGGUUUUUCAAAGUAGGCUCCCUUCUUGGAUUAUUUUGUGCUCCGUCUGGCUGUUCCGCUUUGCACACACGGGGGAGGCACAGGCUGCGAAAGAAGUAAUAUUGCUGGACUCUAAAGCACAACAGACAGAAUUGGAAUGGAUUUCCUCUCCUCCCAAUGGGUGGGAAGAAAUUAGUGGACUGGAUGAAAACUACACUCCUAUACGAACAUACCAGGUAUGCCAGGUCAUGGAACCUAACCAAAACAACUGGCUUCGGACUAACUGGAUUGCAAAAAGCAAUGCACAAAGGAUUUUUGUAGAACUGAAAUUCACUCUGAGGGAUUGUAACAGUCUUCCUGGAGUUCUGGGGACUUGUAAAGAAACUUUUAACUUGUAUUAUUAUGAAACAGACUACGACACUGGCAGGAAUAUCCGAGAAAACCAGUAUGUAAAAAUAGACACUAUUGCAGCAGAUGAAAGUUUUACCCAGGGUGACCUUGGGGAGAGAAAAAUGAAACUUAACACAGAGGUGAGAGAAAUUGGACCUUUGUCCAAAAAAGGAUUCUAUCUUGCAUUUCAGGAUGUAGGGGCCUGCAUUGCUUUAGUCUCUGUCAAAGUCUACUACAAGAAGUGCUGGUCCAUCAUUGAGAACUUAGCUAUUUUUCCUGAUACAGUGACUGGCUCAGAGUUUUCCUCUCUAGUUGAAGUACGAGGAACUUGCGUCAGCAGUGCAGAGGAGGAGGCUGAGAACUCUCCGAAGAUGCACUGCAGUGCAGAGGGAGAAUGGUUAGUGCCUAUUGGAAAGUGUAUCUGCAAAGCGGGAUACCAGCAGAAAGGAGACACAUGUGAACCUUGUGGCCGUGGGUUCUACAAAUCAUCUUCACAAGAUCUGCAGUGUUCCCGCUGCCCUACUCACAGCUUUUCUGACAAGGAAGGAUCUUCAAGAUGCGACUGCGAAGAUAGCUAUUAUAGAGCACCUUCUGAUCCACCAUAUGUCGCAUGCACAAGACCUCCAUCUGCACCACAGAACCUCAUUUUCAAUAUCAACCAGACUACCGUGAGUUUGGAGUGGAGUCCUCCUGCAGACAAUGGGGGAAGAAAUGAUGUGACCUACCGCAUUUUGUGCAAGAGGUGCAGCUGGGAGCAGGGUGAAUGUGUUCCCUGUGGGAGUAACAUUGGAUAUAUGCCCCAGCAGACUGGAUUAGUUGAUAACUAUGUCACGGUCAUGGACCUGCUGGCUCAUGCUAACUACACGUUUGAAGUUGAAGCUGUAAAUGGGGUUUCUGACUUGAGUCGUUCCCAGAGGCUCUUUGCAGCUGUCAGUAUUACCACGGGUCAAGCAGCUCCCUCGCAAGUUAGCGGAGUAAUGAAAGAGAGAGUGCUUCAGCGGAGUGUGGAGCUUUCCUGGCAGGAACCAGAACAUCCCAAUGGAGUCAUUACUGAAUAUGAAAUCAAGUAUUAUGAGAAAGAUCAAAGAGAGAGGACCUAUUCAACAGUGAAAACCAAGGCCACUUCAGCUUCUAUUAAUAAUCUAAAACCAGGAACAGUGUAUGUUUUCCAGAUUCGUGCUUUUACUGCUGCUGGUUAUGGAAAUUAUAGUCCCAGAUUGGAUGUUGCUACACUAGAAGAAGCCACAGCCACGGCUGUUUCCAGUGAACAGAAUCCUGUUAUUAUCAUAGCUGUAGUUGCUGUGGCAGGAACCAUCAUUCUGGUCUUCAUGGUCUUUGGAUUCAUCAUCGGGAGAAGGCAUUGUGGCUAUAGCAAAGCUGAUCAAGAAGGGGAUGAAGAACUUUACUUUCAUUUUAAAUUUCCAGGCACCAAAACCUACAUUGACCCUGAAACCUACGAGGACCCAAAUAGAGCUGUCCAUCAAUUCGCCAAGGAGCUAGAUGCCUCUUGUAUUAAAAUUGAGCGUGUGAUUGGUGCAGGAGAGUUCGGUGAAGUGUGCAGUGGGCGUCUAAAGCUUCCUGGCAAGAGAGAUGUUGCUGUAGCCAUAAAAACUCUGAAAGUUGGCUACACCGAAAAGCAAAGGAGAGAUUUCCUGUGUGAAGCAAGCAUCAUGGGACAGUUUGACCACCCCAAUGUUGUUCACUUAGAAGGGGUUGUUACCAGAGGGAAACCAGUCAUGAUUGUAAUAGAAUACAUGGAGAAUGGGGCUCUUGAUGCAUUCCUUAGGAAACAUGAUGGGCAAUUUACAGUCAUUCAGCUGGUGGGAAUGUUGAGAGGAAUUGCUGCUGGAAUGAGAUAUUUGGCCGAUAUGGGAUAUGUACACAGGGAUCUUGCAGCACGCAAUAUUCUUGUCAACAGCAACCUUGUUUGUAAAGUGUCAGACUUUGGCCUUUCCAGAGUUAUAGAAGAUGAUCCGGAGGCCGUCUACACUACUACCGGUGGAAAAAUUCCAGUGAGAUGGACAGCUCCAGAAGCCAUCCAAUAUCGCAAGUUUACAUCAGCCAGCGACGUAUGGAGUUAUGGAAUAGUUAUGUGGGAAGUGAUGUCUUACGGAGAACGGCCUUACUGGGACAUGUCAAAUCAAGAUGUUAUAAAAGCAAUCGAAGAAGGCUAUCGUUUGCCAGCACCCAUGGAUUGCCCAGCAGGACUGCACCAGCUGAUGCUAGAUUGUUGGCAGAAGGAACGUGGUGAAAGGCCAAAGUUUGAGCAGAUAGUUGGUAUUCUGGACAAAAUGAUUAGGAACCCAAACAGCUUGAAAACCCCACUGGGAACCUGUAGCAGACCAAUUAGCCCUCUUCUGGACCAGAACACUCCCGAUUUUACCACUUUCUGCUCCGUAGGCGAAUGGUUACAAGCUAUUAAGAUGGAAAGAUAUAAGGAUAAUUUCACAGCAGCAGGCUACAACUCUCUUGAAUCAGUUGCCAGGAUGACUAUUGAAACCAAAAACAAGCCAAGUGCUUUGCAAAAAAGAGAACAAGAAAAAUCCCUUUCCAGAAGAGAUGGCAGCCUGAAUAGAAAUGACAUAAUGGCAGGAGGCAAAGGAAGCAGAAAGGGGAAGCAGAACAAGAGUUAUAACCAUAAGAUCAUGAGAUUGGUUUGGAGGCACAAUGACCGCUAUGAGGCAUUUUUUUAAAGCACAUAAGGACUGUAGUUGGGAUUAGAGGAUGGAAAUGUAGAAAAGCAGCAUGGAGAGGAAUGGAGAAGAAGGGAGGAACAGACUGGCAACAGGAGGAAGAGUAAACACAGGUGUAUGGGAGAGGCCAGAACACACAGCUGACAAACUGAGGACUGUGACUAAUGACAAGAAUGAAAAACUACAUCGGAAAAGCAAGAUGAUUUCAGGAUGAUGGCAAAGCAGGACAUGGUGAUGCUGCUAGGGAGAGAAGAACCAGCAAAGCUGCCCCGGAAGCCUGCCCUGGAAGCUCCUCAUUCUAACCUCACCCUGCUUCCCCCUCUUCUUUCUAGCUCCUCUCUUAUACACAAAAUAUGUAUAUAAAAGAGCAAAGGAGAAGGAGAAGCAGCUAAAACAAAUAUUUCUAAAAGGUUUGCUGGGGAAGAAGUUUAAGCUGGGAUAACAUAGACUUACUCCUACUGUUGCUGCUACUGGUAGCAACUGGCCAGAGAGCAUCCUGCUAACCUUUCUCCUGCAGACAUAUCAAUGGAAGUCUCUGCCAUUGCUUACAUAUAGGCCUUGCUGAGAAAUAGAAUUUUAAUACUCCAAAUAAUUCAGGACUUUUAAAAAUUUCCUUUCAUUCUAAAUCAGAAUGAAGCAGAAAUCAUUUACAGUGAAAUGGAAACAUGGAAGCAAAAUAUUGGGGUGGUUUCUUUCAAAGCUGAAUAUAAUCAUUUCUAUAUUACAAAAGAAGAUAAGGGCUUUUAUGAUCACUGACAAAAUGCAUUUUAUAACUUUCCAUCAAAAAUUAUAAUAAAAUUGGGAAUCACUUUAAUUGUUCCCAACUGACAUUUUCUAGAAAAUUCUUUUUUCUAGAAUGAAAAUGGAAAAUUGGAUUUUUUUUCAGUAGAAAAUUGACCUUUUCAGACUGUCAGACACUUUAAACUACCUUGAAUUCUAAGAUAAGAAUUCUUCAGGAGUAAGAAAGCUACAAAGUGGCCAGUCUCAUCUCUUCCUCACUUCCUUCUCCUCUGCUUCUAUGAUCAGACAUCUCUACUGAUUGGGCUGCAAAGAGCAAAAACUAGUUUCAAUGUCUCCCUGAGAAAAGGCAUAUUGCCAACUUCUUUAAGAAUUAUUAACUAGAUAUGCUUACAGGAAGUCACUUUUUUGCAACAGACUAUCUCUCCAUUUAAAUCCUCAUCACAGCUCUUCCAUUUUUCCUGGGAAAAUUUAUGAGAAAGCAUUCUGGAAACCCUCAGAUCUUUCUGUCCCCAGUGAAACUGUUUUUAAACAUAAUUAGAGUGUGGAAAAUAUAUUGGUAUGACAGUUCAGAGUCUGCUUAUGGUGAUAGAGUAUUUUAUUACUUUGGCAUAUAUAGCUAUUUUAUGCUUGGUAUUUCUGACUGCAAAGUGUUGAUGCUUAGGGUACUACAGGUACUCACUGGUUCUAUUUUUUCUUGUAAGUUCUAGAGGGCAGCACUGGAUAAAUUGUUCUUCUCCUUCAGCCUAACGCAGCUUUGCAUGAAUCAUUCAUCUUGAAUGUACACCAGAGUGAUACCAGGUUGGCUGUUGUGACACCUUAUGAAUAUGAUGCCCACUUUUAGUCUCUUCUAGAAGCAGAAUGAUUUAAGCAUUGUCUAGUGGAGACAAGGUCCUCAUUUAAGGCUGUCUUGGUGAAUCUGGAUAGGAUUCAAAUAAUUCAUCCAGGCGAGGAGGAGACAAUUGAAAGUCAUAGCUGAAAUAGUACCGAUAUUCCUUAACUGGUUGAGUUUGUCUAUCAUUGAAGAUAUGGUGGCUUAUUAGAUUUUCAGAUAGCAGAGGCUGCCAAAUACACUUUUUAUUGCCUGCAGUUUGAACUUGGCUGAAGCUAGUUAAGUUCUUGUCAUCUCAGGGUACCAUUUUAGCAACGAGGUUUACAGGACCUACUCUUUCAAUGUAGAGAUUUCAGCUACUGUAGGAAGUGUCAGGUACACAGUUUGCAUAAUGCCCAGUUCUUGAAGGCCCAGUGCUCAAAAGAUUAGGCCCACUUCAGUAGUUUUGCUACACUGUUACUGAAUGAGGGUAUUACAGUUAAAUCAUAUAAUCAUUGUGUCAGUUUAUAAAAUCUACUCUGUUUAGAUUCAUUUCUUGAAUUUAAUUGAAGUCAAAAGGUUUAUAAAAGUCCCUGUAUCAUUAAGAAAAAGAAAAAAAAAGAAAAGAAAAGCUGUGUCAUAGUGUCUCCCUAUCAUACAGAAUUUUUAACAUAUCAUUUUUUACAUAUUUGAUAGGACUUCUUUAGUGAUCAGUUGCAUACACCUUGUUUUGCAAUAAUAGACUCAACAUAAAGCAAUAUCAAAACAUAAUGAUCACUUCUAUGUAUUAUAUUUUAGCCAAGCUCCUAUUGACUUCAGUAGCCCAGGGAUUCUACUUAAAUUUUCUGUCUGCUUCUGGCACGAUAGCAGAUACGGAAAAUGUGUGCACCCAUUGGCACUGGGAGACAAUACCACCGUGUGGCACCUUCUCUCCCUCUGCUACCCAAAGCUGAGCAUUUCGAUUGGUAAAAGUAUCAGAAUCUCUGAAAACUGCAGUUUGACCUACCAUCUGAGUUUGGACAGUGAACUGGAAGCAUGAUUUAGGCAGGCAUUUAAUACCAGCAACCUAAGUAGCGACACAGUGUUACAAGAAAAAGGCUGAAAAAAAGAGUAACAAAAAGUAAAGUGAAGUAAAGGUAAAGUAAAGGAAAGCAUACUUAGUUGAUCUUCCCCCCCCCCCCCCAACUUUGCCUAUACUUUUAGAGUCUGUCCUUGCCUAUUGUUGGCUAUCAGCUUUUUAAAGAUGAUACUUGGUUGUGUAUAAAGUAAGAAUAGCUGCUCUGACUCAAACCAAAAGUCCACCUACCUGAUGUACCUGGCAGGUGUCCUGGCCUUGUAGGGGCAUUGCCCUGUUGAAUAACAACAGGUCUGAUUAGGGGCCCCUGUCCCCUACUGAUUAGGGACAGCUUCAACUGUUGACUUCCAGAAACUGUCAGGGCCCUAUAUCCUGUAUGCACAGUUGAAGCACUUCCUAAAUCAAGGGGUGCACUAGGUUCAAUAGUCUGAACUUGUCCUAGAUCCUGUGAAUUUACUUUCUCCUUCUGUCUCUCUUUUUUUCUCUGUCUUGCCUUUCUAUUUUCUGAAAUGGAAUGACCAGGGCUGCAUGAACUAUUCAACAUAAGAGUGUAUGAUGUAUUUAUACAGUGAUAUAGCGAUAGAGUGUAUUUAUACAGUGAUAUUAUAUAUAUAUAUAUAUAUAUAUGUUUUCUAUUUUUGUUUACAGUUUCUUUCUUAAUCAUCCAGAUAUCCUAUUUGGCAUUUUUACUUGAUGCUGAGUGCUUGACUUGAUGUUUUUAAAGAGCUGUUUAAAAUUAACUCCAGUUUUCUUUCUUCUCAAGCAAUAGUUAAUUCAAAGCCCCUGCCUGUGUAUAUGUAGUUAGGCUUAUUUUUUCCCUUGUGCAUUUCUUUGUGCUUAUCAUAUUUCAUCACCACUUUAUUGCCAGCGGCAUUCAAAAUUGUGAAAUCAUUUUGCAUUUCUUCAUAGUCAGCUUCUGAUUUAACUUUUUAGAAUCAUUUUGUAUCAGGUUUUCUCAUCUGACAGUUCUUAGCUGUCAUAUUUACCUUUACUAUUAAUAAAAUUACUUUUGUUUAAA